AUUGAAGUCUGUGACUACACAGUUUCAAGGUUUGCGCACUGGACAGAUCAGACUGGAUACCAGAUUGAAUAUGGACGAAAAAUAUGAUGUUAUCGUUUUGGGGACAGGCCUAAAAGAAUGCAUACUCAGUAGUUUAAUGUCAAUAGAAGGGAAGAACGUACUUCAUAUUGACAGAAAUAGUUUCUAUGGUGGUGACAUUACGUCCGUAACCCCUAUUGAUUUGCUGUUUGCACGGUUUAAAGUCAAGGCAGACACUAGUAAAUAUCAGCGGGGUAAGGACUGGAACGUCGAUCUGAUUUCGAAGUUUCUGAUGGCAAAUGGAAAACUGGUCAAGAUUCUUAUCCACACCGGUGUAACACGGUAUUUGGAAUUCCGAAGUGUAGAAGGUAGUUAUGUUUACCAGGGAGGAAAUGUCCACAAAGUACCAUGUAACGAAAGCGAAGCUCUUAGUACAAAACUUAUGGAUCUGUUUAAGAAGCGUCGGUUUAGGAAAUUUUUAGUCUGGGUGAUGAACGUAGAUUUGGAUAAACCUGCAACCUGGAAUGAUAUCUACGCAUCACCAUUGGAUAUCAGAAAAGACAAUAUUUCUAACGCUUUUAGUCAUUUUACAAUCGAUGAAGAAAUACAGAAUUUCAUUGGCCAUGCAAUAUGUUUGUUCCAAGAUGAUUCAUACAAAGAGAAUGUACCCGCAGCUGAAGUGAUAAGUCGUAUGCAACUUUAUAGUCAAUCGGUUUGUCGAUUUGGCAAAUCUCCAUAUUUAUACCCGCUUUAUGGACUUGGUGAACUACCUCAAGCAUUCGCUCGUCUUUCUGCUGUUUACGGGGGAACAUAUAUGUUGGAUAAACAUAUUGAUGAACUGGUGAUCGAGGAAGGUAAAGUGAUUGGAGUGAAAUCGGGUAAUGAAAUAGCACGUUGCGACAUGGUUAUCUGCGACCCUAGUUAUGUGCCGAAUAUGGUGAAAAAAGUUGGGCAGGUUGUACGGGCUAUCUGCAUACUUACACACCCAAUAGAUGGUGUACACAAUUCUCUAUCGACUCAAAUUAUUAUUCCUCAGAGUGAAGUUGGUCGCAAACAUGAUAUAUACAUUUCAUGUGUUUCUCAUUCACAUAAUACCUGUCCUGAAAACUUCUUUCUGGCUCAUGUUGCAACUAUUGCUGAGACAGCUAAUCCAGAAAAAGAAUUGGAACCUGGUUUAAAACUUCUUGGAUCAAUUGAACAAGUAUUCUAUUCUACGCAAGAUCUAUUUAUUCCAAUAAAUGACGGGCGUGAAUCUAAGGAUUCAUUUCAUGUUUUUGUUGUGGCACAGACAGAUGAGUGUAUUUGUUUGUUUGUUGUUAUUGUUGCUGUUGUUGUUGACAAAAUGUAUCUUCAUUGCGUUGAAAAUUGCUUGUGUUUUGUUUCGAUAUUUGUGUACUAUUUGUUACUUUGAAAUAGUUCCCUUAAGAAAAACAAUACCCUUUAAAAAUUUCACUGGUUUUUAAGUUCUGUAUUUUGUGUUGUUAUUUUUUUAGAGAUGGUUUUCAUCAAUAAAUCUGCACGUGGUCUAACACAUGUUGAUACCUACCUACAUACCAAUAUGUGUACUAGGCAUCCGUUAUGAGCAGCUUACAUUAUACUUAAAACUCAAGAGGAUCUCCAAAUAAGUAGUCAACGAGCUCGCCUCGUAACCUGAAGAUCCUAGUUUCGAUCCCCAGUGGAGGGGGUCAUGAUUGCGUACUUCAGCCUGGCCGACAGGUCAGUAUCACAAUUAGUUGUGGCUUAUUAGAGUCUGGAAAAUAUGUAACAUUUUCAAGGAACUGAUUUCAAACUAAGUAACCUUUUGAAAACCAUCUCCUAGUUAGCGAAAAAACAAAUUCCCGGUGUAUUAUAUUUAUCGUUUCUCCUGUUAUUGAUUUCAGAUUUUCAUAUCAACAAGUUAUGAUGCUUCUACGCAUUUUGAAUCGACUUGUGCUGAUGUCUUAGACUUGUACGAGCGUAUCACUGGACAUCCGUUUGAUUUUAAUAAAAUAACUCGAUGUGAAGAAGUCGGUGAGUGAGUGAGUAGAUUUCCGCGUAAUUGUCUCUGGAAUGCGAGAAUGGCAUAAUUAAUCUCUGAAGGAUAAGCAAGAAGCUCGAGUUGUCCUGCCAAUAAUUACAUCAUGGUGUCGCUUUGCUUAUUCGCUAUUUUAACUCCUCAGUGUCUUUUACAAUUUAAGAUAAAGUGCUUUUAAUUAAAAGGGUACUUGUUUUAGUUUUUUUUAAAUUUAUUUAUUUGUUUGCCGUGUGUGUAUUCAACAAUCACUUUCUUCUUAUUAUACUUUCUAAUAUUUUCUUUGCUUCAUCGUUUAUGUCAUUCCUUGUGGGUUGAAAGUAUAUUGUGAUAUUUCAUAAUUUUAUAUUACUGCUUCCUUUUCUUCUUAUUCUUAUCCUUCUUUUUCGUGAUGGCCUCAGUGUUUUGUCGUCUCUCUCUCCUCUGUGAUAAGCACAAUCUAUACCUCAAUAUUUUCUAAGAUCUGACUGACUGACUAUUCUAUUAUCUGCAUAUUUAUGCUAGUGUAUGUGUUUGCGUGUGUGUGCAAUACAUUUAUGCCUUGAAGUUUCUUUUUAUUGCUUUAUUUGCCGAUGAUGCAGUCACAUAUUUCUCAAUGGCAUUAUCUCCGGUGAUGAUGGUGGUGAUAUUAUAACAGGUGUGAGGGUCUCUCACCCACUCACCCACGUAUGUUUAUCUCUGCAUUCAUUUGUUAGUGUGUUUCCUUUCUUUUUGACUGUUUAUCAACAGCAACAAUGGAACACAAUCACCGACAUAUAUAUAUUGUAGUUUUCUCUCUCACUUUCUCUUGCCUUUGAAUGUUUUAUGUUGAGCUAUUUAUUUAUGUCAUAUCUUAUUUAUUUUAAUAACUUUGUCGUUUAGUGAUUACAGUGUUUGAAUAAUAAUACUAAUAUUACUAUUACUCUUUCAA